UAUAAAGCCUCUCUUCUUCUUUGCAUUUUGUUCUCAAGUCUUGCCUUGAUUUUGUCGACAACGGUUUCAACGUCCUCAGUCAACCACCAAAGCCUCUCUUACGCGCGGGCUGCUCAAAAAGGGAAACCUCAAUUCGGCAUUCAAUAUCAUGUCGACUUUUAAUCAACUAAUAAACGAUGGAACUUUGGCGGAAGUUUUGUUGUUGAUACACGACUCUUCGAGGGACACUCUAUUUUCUCUACUUCAAGUCAGUAGGGAAGUUCAUCGUUGCACGCUACCGCUGGUUUAUCGAGAAUGUACAUUCGACUUCACACAAGUAAUUUCUUCAGUAUCAGACCAAUCAGCGCCACCACUGGCAUUGAAACCAUUUUCAUCGACCCGGGAAAACAUCGAUAGACUAUUUCAAGCCAAUUUCAGUUCAGUAGUCUUCCAAUCGGUGCGAAAAAUCGUUUUACGCUCUAACAAGGCGAUCUGGGCCAAGGAAGCUGGUGCAACUGCCAACACGCCGUACAUUCCCUCCGAAGAAGAUGUCUACGAGAAAUGGUCAUCCCUCGUCGAACUUCUCUCUCGCAUUUCUCUCCUGAAAGAAUUAGUCUUCGACUGCCGUGAGCGGGUACCCCUGAUCCUCCUCGAAACCCUCGAAAUUUACCACCCGUCUGCUCGGUUACACGUUGAGAACUGGACUCGACUUAGUCUUGACACAAAAUUCGGUGACCCCUACGAAGAAGCUUUGGCCCGUUCACCUUGUCUUCGGAGCAUCGAUGUUCAUUUCAUUACCGGAGGUCCUCAGAUGAACCUGGGUGAGCCCGCAUUCCAACGAAUCCUUGCUCUAUCCCCAAACCUCGAAUCCUUCACCUACCGUAACACUUACGCAGGGAGAUCAUGCGUAUUGUAUUGUUUUGGUUCAGAACUCGAGCAGGCGGCCUCCAGAUUUCUUGUUGACCUGGAGAACUCUGUGAGGAAGGAUAUAAAGACAAUCAGAUGGGAAGACUCGUCGGAUCUCUCAACAUCAAUGAUUGAGCGUUGGGGGAAAUUCAUGAACUUCCGAACAAUCCAAACAUUGGAUCUGGGUUUGGUCAGGCAUCCGGAGGUACUGGAGUACAUCGCGACUCAGAAAAUUUUUGAAGGCGUCAGACAUCUGUCAUUCAAGCUCACCCCUAACUCAUCAUCAAAGUCAGUAGUUGAUCGAGAGAUACGACUACGUGACGCGACUAUCGGUUUUCUUUCUUCCUCUACGCGUCUGGAAUCCUUAUCCAUCGUCAACUAUUCCGGACGGAUCGACAUCGUGUCCCUACUCGCCCUCCAUGGCGAAUCAUUACGUUUCCUCUCCCUCCACGACGUGUUAGUGGACGAUACAUCUCCGCCACGACCAGUUUUCCCCAUCGAAGACCUCCAUCUCAUACGCACAUCAGCACCCCAGCUAGAAACCCUCAAAAUUGAUAUUAAUUUCACACCUGAAGGGAAGUAUGAAUCGGAGGCGUACAAGAUUUUAGGUUCCUUCCUUCACCUACGGACUCUCAACAUCUAUUACACCUUCAAAUCUGUCUCCAAAGAUUUUGGCGGACGGCUUUAUUGGAAGAUCGUAGGGGCACCGGCGUCCAAGUUAGAAGAGAUCAAUUUAUAUCUUGGACCGCAGGAGCAUGAAAAGGAUAGACCUAGACGCAGGGGUUAUUAUCCCACUAGCUAUCCGCUCGUAGAGAUAAGGAACAACCACGAGUCCUACGGUCAUGACGGGGACGGGAACAAGGUGAGAGAGGUACCCAUCGUGUUUCAAAUGGAGAGAUGUGAAAGAGAUGAUAUGAGGAACUACGUUUCCAUCACUAUUUUGGGUCAUCAACUGCCAAUAUCGUAGAAAAUUAUUCAGCGCUUGUAAUGCCAUUGUUGAUUUUGAACCGUUGAAGGUUGAGA